AUGUCUUGCGCAGACUUUUUUCUGGCAUUUAUCGCUAUCCUCUUUCCACCGAUAGCAGUUUGGAUCAAAGUCGGUGUAUGCACAGCCGACUCGGUUAUAAACAUCGCUCUCUGUUGUCUAGGAUAUCUGCCCGGUUUACUUCAUGCCUGGUACAUAAUCGCCCGCUACCCGGAGCAUGAUUACGACUAUGAACCGAUCGAUAACGAAAGGGGCACCGAGCGAGUGACAUACUACUAUGUCUCGCAUAACCAGCGAGGGACAGGACCGGAAGGGGAAAUGAACUAUGGUGGGACGAGGCACCCGCAGCCAAAGGGACAACAGCAGACUGGCGUUGUGAGCAAUGCGCCUGCACCUAGUAACAGCAGUCCUGCGGGUGCGAGUUCGAGUAGGGAGCAGCAUGUUCCUGGAGGAGAAAAUGCGCCACCGACGUACGACGAUGCUGUCAAAGGAGAUCACAAGGUUCAGACCGCUGAUUAA